UUACACUAAACGAUUGUUGUAGUUAGUUCUUUCUUAAGAUUGAAUGCGAUUUUAUUUUUGGUUCGGCGAUUUCAAAAGAAAAAUGUUUUCUUUCAUUUUAAAAAAGAAGUGUUUCAAGAGAUUCAAAGUGUUUUGCCGUAAUAGAAAAGUACACCCAAUAGAAGAUGGCGGCACUAUAGACGAUUCCGUCUAUCCUAUAAAAAAGAAAGUGUGUACUUAUGCAAACUUCCAACAGGCCUCAUCAAAAAUUGGUGAUGAUAUUACGAUUCCUCCUCUAUCAGAUCACAAUCAUUCUGAUAAAUUAUAUCGUGAGGAAGUAAUCAAAAUGAACGAAUUGUGUUAUUGGUGGGAGAUGCACAACACGUUGCAAGAGCAACGUUUCCCAAAUGUUCGGCCGUGCAUCUCAGACGACAAAUGUGAAGAAACAAGCAUAAAUAGUAUGAUAUGGGAAACCACUUAUUACGCUGAAAAUCAAACACAUCAGAAAACACCAUCCACCUUUAUUCUUCAUCAGCCAAAAAACCUGGACGAGAGGCCUGUAGAAAAGCUUCAAAGGUUAACAAGAUUCCUCAUGAAGUUUGCCAUUUAUCGAUUUCCCAAACGAAAUGAAAACGAGUCUGUUGAGCGCACAAUAAAUCGAAUGCUCGUCUCUGCGCAGAUGCAAGAUAUUCUGAUUCCUUCGCCCAAUGUAAUAAUACGUAAACACUGCACGAGAAACUCAAAUUUUGUCGUGGAAAAACACAAAGAGAAAGGGCAGGAGAAGCACACUAAACUACUGCGUUGGUUUCGAAAUAUAUUUUCCUGGCGUCAUCAUUAAAUUCGUACAACAGCUUCCUUGUACCCAGACAGACUCUUCCUACAUCUUAUCGAGAAAUUACUUAUUUAUUUUUCAUUCGUGUUUGAAGAUACAGGUCUUCCAUCUUUAUCAUGGCAUUAUGCAGAUAUAGAAAACAAAAAAUUGCAUGAGGAUAAAACCAUUCAUGGGGAUUCAGUAAAUGUUAUUGUAGAAAAAUCUGAAAAAUUACAUAUUGCAAUUGCUGGAAAGACAUCUUCAGCUUUAAGAACUUUUAGCUUUAAGAACAGCUUUAACUCUUCUACAUUCAAACACAGUCAAUAGUGCCUUCAGUAAAAGCAGUUUGGAAUAUAGAGGAGGGGAUAAAAGAACUCCAGAAAAUGAAAACAGAGAUGAAUACAUAAUAAAUAUAAAUAAGAAGUUUUCAAAUUCAGGUAGAGAUCAACAGGAUUCUUGUCUGAAUGUAAAAUCUAUGGAACAUGACGUACUAUCUCGUGACAUUGCAAAUGAAAGUACUUCUCUCUAGGCCUAUAAGGAAUUUCUGUUCUGUAUUCUUUACAUGCAGUAAGGUAUAAAUGUAAAUUUAUAAAAUCUUAGGGAGUAAGUAAGAUAUAGUAUUUAUAUUGUAACACUGGACAUUUUCAGAUAUAAUUUCUUUUAAUAAUAUACCACACAACCGAAAUUCUUAAUUCUUGUAAAGUCCAAUUGAAAUUUUUUCUUUUAACAACUAUUGAAAUGUUAAAAUGUUUUUCAAAGUGGCAAAAAUUUCAGGAACAAUUACAUUAAGACUGUUGUUCAGGACAACAUUG